AUGGCGGAAGGUGGCGGAGGCAGUGUGCCCACGGACAUCGGAAACGACUAUUUAAUCGGAGAUUAUGCACAGUAUCGUGUCUAUGUGGAAUUGGUCAACAAGACGAACAAAAUCAACAACUUUUCACUUGGAUCAUGGUUAAGGAAGAUGGACAAAUACCGACAGACUGUGACUGAAAUGGAAUACUUAAGAAGCAACAAAAUCAUUGUGUUCAUGAGUCACAUGACUGCAGCAAAUUCAAUGAUUGUAGAUGACAAACUGAAAGAAGCUAGUUACAAACCAUACAUGCCACGUCACUUGGUAUGCAUUCCUGUGGACAUUUCAACAGAGGGCAUUAAUAAUGAAAUCCAGAGCCCAGUACGUCAAGAAGGGAUCUGGAACAAUCCAAACAGUUGUUAACCCUUAUGUGAUCGACAGGGUACCCGGGUACCUUUUCAGAUUUCAAGUUAAUAAAUUAUGAAGUUAUUUUCACGACAGGAAACCAGAAUUCAGUGACAUCUUAGAACUCAUGGAGUGACAACUUUUCGUGAAGAAAGAUUUCAAAUUGCAGCAAGGGGCUUCGAAAGAGGGGGGUCGUGAAAUUUUUUACCCUUAAAAAGCUCGACAAGGGUACCCGGGUACCCACAAAAUUGAACUGCUUGCUACUGCGGCCAAUUUUAACCGAUUCUGAAUCUUUUGGCACCAAUGGAUUCAGAAACUUAUCUUCUUUCUGGACAUUGCCAACAAUGUCUAUCCGGAAUAGUGUGGUUCCCGGAAAUCCGGAUUUUCUGUAUAAUGUUCCAGAACUAAGCAUUUUCUUGGCACUUCCGCUAGAAUUUUGAAGGAAUCGAUAUCAAAGUAUCAGCAUUUCCUUCAAAAACAAUUUCAGCUUACUUGAGGACCAGUGUAAGGUUUCUCCCCGGAAAGGCCAUUCUGGCGCAGGUUCCCGUAGGGCCUCUAGUGGCCAUAGAAGUGUUGGAAGAAACCCCUGCAAUAUGGGUAUCAAAAUUCAUGAAUUUAC